UGGCAUCGGUACGCGGUACGCGAUAUAAAUGCAGGGGAUCUCCCUUGAUCGACACAGUCAACCAAUAUGGAGAACGGAGAAAGUACCAGUACUCGGAUCCCUCAAAAUCGGAUAGAUAUGACUGCUGGCAAAAGAAAAAUCGGGAGACCUUCGGUGCCAAGCAAUAUCAAAAGGCAGAGAAGAUUGGAGAGGCAGAAGGACUACCGAACUCAUCAUAAAGCUCUAUUGUUGGAGUUGGAAGUACACGACCGAUGGCUCGCGCUCGCCAAGCGAAUGCAUGUUGCUCCCCGUGAUCUGGCCGUGGUGUUGCUGGAUGCGGCGGAAGGCUCUAAUCUCCUCGGGCUCGAUUCAAAACCAGGCUCAUCAGAAAUCAGACCAGAACAGACCUCAUUGGCCGCCCAGCAAUCAGAGGUUUCUUUGCCGUCAGCUUCUGUGGAUCCUAAAAUGAGGUCUUCCGUACCAGGUGAUGAAUCCUUACAAGGCACUCCAACUGUGGUUCCUAGAACAAUCCUAUCAAACAUCAUGCCAAAGCUGGAGGGCUAUGAGUUCUGGGAGAAAACCCUGGGCAAACCUCGCUUCAUCGUCGCUCCUAUGGUGGAACAGAGUGAGCUACCAUGGCGAAUUUUGAGCAGACGACACAAGGCAGAAUUAUGCUACACACCCAUGUUCCAUUCCUCCGUCUUCACGAAAAACCCGCGCUACAGGAAAGAAGCAUUGGCAUCGUGUGAGGAAGACAGCCCCCUCAUUGUUCAGUUCUGCGGCAAUAAUCCAGAGGUGUUUUUAGAAGCUGCCAUGCUAGCUCAGGAUCACUGUGAUGCCAUCGAUCUCAACCUAGGAUGUCCACAGUCCAUUGCAAAGAGAGGUCAGUAUGGGGCGUAUCUUCAGGACAAAUGGGAACUGAUCAGUCAAAUAGUGAGCCUUGCCCACGAGAAGCUUUCAGUACCCAUCACGUGCAAGAUUCGCAUCUUCCCGAGCGUGGAGAAGACAGUGCGCUAUGCUCAGAUGCUUGAGAAGGCUGGCUGUCAACUGCUCACGGUCCACGGGAGGACAAGGGACAUGAGAGGGCCCGUGACGGGAAUGGCUGAUUGGUCUGCCAUCAAGGCCGUCAAAGCUGCUGUCAAGAUCCCUGUCUUUGCCAACGGCAACAUCCAGUCCCUCCAGGAUGUGCAUCGAUGCAUGGAGGAGACGGGCGUGGACGGGGUGAUGACCGCCGAGGGGAACCUACACAACCCCGCCCUCUUUGAAGGAACCCACCCCAAGGUCUGGGACAUCACUGAUGAAUACAUUGACCUUGUCAAAACUUACCCUACUCCACUUUCUGCUGUCAGAGCACAUCUCUUCAAAAUCUUGCAUCACAGCCUCAUGGUUCACAUUGAUCUGAGGAUAGACCUUGCCAGGGCAAAGUCUAUAGGUGACUGUGAGGAGAUCUGCAAAACACUCCGGGGUCGCUGUGAGGAAGAUGCUGCCAAGCCUGAUGCUCCUACGAAACCAGAAGACGGCAAGCUGCCCCAUUGGCUCUGCCAGCCUUAUUUCAGGCCCAGUCCAAAAGAGGCUGAGGCUAAGCGGGCGGAGAAGAAUCGAAAGCGCCCUCUCUCGAUGAUCAUCGACGAUCUGAACAACGAAGGCCUGUCAAAGAGUCAGAUUAAGAAGAGAGUGCGCAAUCCCAGCGUUAUAUUCCAUAGACCAGUCAGGCAGUACGAGAAGUGUGCUAAGUGUCCCAAUCCCAGGGGUCUAAAGUGUGUGUUUAGUGAAUGUAGAGCUUGCUGUAAACAUACAGCACAUAAAGCAGUAGCCGAUUGUCCUGGCCACCACUUGCUCUUCGCAACCAAGAAGCUCAAGUCAGAUCGGUGGGAGGCAGAGCAAAGAGAGAAGGGCUUGCUGACGGCUACAACCGCCGCUGGCGAUGCUUUAAACCUUGACACAGAGGGCAGCAAUGCAGAGCAGGCAGGGACGACGAAGCAGCUAGAUUCCGGCUAAAUCAGGGGAGAAUUGAAGUCAUGUGCGCUGACUUAUGCGCUGAAUUUUGACCUAUUGCCUUGAGAUUGCAGACUUAUAGAUAUUUAUACUUCAGAUUCAGGGAUAUAUAUGAGCAACGAAACAUGUGGCUGUGGACUCUAAAACAUUUGCAAUCUAAAUUAUGAAAGAGUUUCUUCACGAUGGUUGUAAUACUGGUUUGAAGUUCUUAUGUCACAUCCAAAAAGUAAAGAUAACCUGUAACAGUUUUGAUGUCUAGAGUUUAGAUUGACAAUUCACGUCUGAGGAAGAUGUCUGAACUCUAGACAUCGAAAGUGUUACAUGUAAUUUUUACUUUUGGAUGUAAUAUAAGAACUUCAAACCGGUAUUAGUCGGAGUAUAUACGAAAUUAUAGAGCAUGGCUAUAGAUUAUAUUGAGGUGUUCAUGCUACCGAAAAUGAAGAUAAUGCAGAAUGGAUCAUGUCUUUAGGAUAACAUUUUCCAAGGAAUGGCCAUGUGGCCUUAUAACAUUUUGAUUGUACAGUCUCUUGCCCACUGUACGAUCCAAUAGCGAUCAUGACUAAAAAA